UCGAAAGAAGGAAUAUUAUCUGUGCCCGUACAGAAUACUUUACACCACUGCAAGCUUAAUUUGCACGCGACACUCCUAUUUUUAUUCCCAUCCUCUUCAUUACACCCCUCCACUCCACUCCAAUCUACACAUACAUUUGACACACAAUCUUGUCUGAAAACCCCAGCAGCGAAAAUGUCGUGGCAAUCCUAUGUUGAUGACCAUUUGAUGUGUUUAACUGAGGAAGGAAACCAGCUCUCGGCUGCUGCUAUUCUUGGCCAAGAUGGCUCUGUUUGGGCCCAGAGUGACACCUUUCCUCAGUUUAAACCAGAAGAAAUUACGGCAAUAAUGAAUGACUUCAAUGAACCUGGAUCUCUUGCACCUACUGGCCUAUACCUAGGUGGCACAAAGUAUAUGGUGAUUCAAGGUGAACCUAAUGCUGUCAUAAGGGGAAAGAAGGGAUCUGGGGGGAUCACUAUCAAGAAGAGCAAUCAAGCUUUACUGAUCGGCAUAUACGAGGAGCCUAUGACUCCAGGUCAGUGCAACAUUGUUGUUGAAAGGCUGGGCGACUACCUCAUUGACCAGGGUCUGUAAUUCCAGUGAUGGAAUCCUAUCAGGUGUGUAAUUCAUGGAAACAACCAGUGUGUGGUUUGCUACUUUUAAAGAGUGGGAUUAAAUCGCUUGGUUCCAACUCUUUUGCCAAUAUUGUAUUCAUCUACCUUUUUUGAUUUGUUUUGAUUUGAGCAUGUCCCUGUGUAAGAAGAGGUUAUUUUUAUUAUAAAAAUUGGGAUAUAAUCAACUUUUGGUAUAUGUAACUUUUCAAAGUAAGAAGUAAUUUCCCUA